AACUUCAUUUGGAUGUAUUCUACUAUUCAAAAAUCAAUAAAACAUUUUGAUCAAAACUAUGAUCAAUCCUCAACCAUUCAAUCAUUUGUUUGUUCUAUUAUAAAUUAGUGUCUUUGGUCCUUACCUCAAACCACCAAAAAAGCCUUAUGCAUAAGAUAGGCCUUUUACACUUUUAAGUCAUAGAGGAGAGAGCAAUUUUGAUUAUAGUUUUGAGAAAAAUGUUGAAAACAGAGGAUAACAGAACAAACCUCUCUGGAUUUCCUUCUUCAACAUCACAAAAGGAAACAAACAAUGAAAAACUUAGCAAAAAGAAGCCUGGAGGAUGGAAGGCCAUGCCUUUUAUUUUAGGAAAUGAAUCAUUUGAGAGGUUAGCAGUAUUUGGAUUGCUUGCUAACUUUAUGGUGUAUUUGACAAGAGAAUUUCAUUUGGACCAAGUUAGUGCUUCAAACAUUCUAAACAUAUGGAGUGGUAUUAGUAACUUUGCACCUUUACUUGGUGCCUUCAUUUCUGAUACCUACGCCGGUCGCUUCAAGACUAUAGCUUUUGCUUCAUUUUUCUCCUUAUUGGGCAUGGUAUUGGUAACUUUAACAGCAUGGUUACCACAAUUGCACCCUCCACCUUGUACUCCUCAUCAACAAACAUUGAAUCAAUGUGUUAAAGCUAGCACAUCAAAUGUGGGCUUUUUGUUCACUGGCCUUAUAUUCUUAAGCAUAGGCACAUCCGGUAUAAGGCCAUGUAGCAUACCAUUUGGGGUUGACCAAUUUGAUCCAACUACAAAUGAAGGAAAAAAAGGAAUCAAUAGUUUUUUUAAUUGGUACUAUACAACAUUUACAAUAGUAUUGUUGAUCACACAAACGGUGGUUGUUUAUAUCCAAGAUUCCAUUAGUUGGAAAUUUGGUUUUGCAAUACCAACUUUGUGCAUGUUUUUUUCCAUAAUCUUGUUCUUUAUAGGAACAAAGAUUUAUGUACAUGUGAAGCCGGAAGGAAGCAUUUUUUCUAGUAUUGCACAAGUGUUAGUGGCUUCUUUUAGAAAGAGAAAAGUUAAACUUUCAAAUGAGAAGGAAGUGGUUGAUGGAGUUUUUUAUGAUCCUCCAUUAAAUGGAAAAGCUAUUUUGUCAAAGCUUCCUUCAACCAAUCAAUUCAGGUUCUUGGAUAAAGCAGCUCUAAUAAUGGAGGGUGAAUUAAAUCCAGAUGGAAGCAUAGUAAAUCAAUGGAAUCUUGUGAGCAUCCAACAAGUAGAAGAAGUAAAAUGUUUAGCAAGAACAUUUCCAAUUUGGGCAGCUGGAAUUCUUGGUUUCACAGCAAUGGCACAACAAGGAACAUUUAUUGUGUCACAAGCCUUAAAAAUGGACAGACACUUAGGACCAAAUUUCCAAAUUCCAGCUGGAUCACUAGGAGUCAUAUCAUUAAUUAUCAUUGGUUUGUGGGUCCCAUUCUAUGACAGGGUAUGUGUACCAUCCCUAAGAAAAAUCACAAAACAUGAAGGUGGCAUCACUCUCCUUCAAAGAAUUGGAAUUGGAAUGGUGUUUUCUAUUCUAUCAAUGAUUGUUGCUGGUUUGGUUGAAAAAAUUAGAAGAGAUGUUGCAAAUUCUAAUCCAAAUCCACAAGGGAUUGCACCUAUGUCAGUUAUGUGGCUUUUUCCACAAUUGAUUCUUUUGGGAUUUUGUGAGGCAUUCAAUAUAAUUGGGUUAAUUGAGUUUUUCAAUAGACAAUUUCCUGAUCAUAUGAGAAGUAUUGCUAAUGCUUUGUUCUCUUGUUCUUUUGCUUUGGCUAAUUAUGUUAGCACUAUAUUGGUUACUUCAGUUCAUCAUGUGACUGGAACAGAACAUCAUCCAGAUUGGUUGACAAAUGAUAUUAAUGCUGGAAGAUUGGAUUAUUUUUACUACCUUUUGGCUGGAAUUGGAGUUUUGAACUUGGUUUAUUUUUUGUUUGUUGCUCAAAGAUAUCAUUAUAAGGGAAGUGUUGAUCUUCAAGAGAAAGCUAAGGAUGUGGAGUUAGGUUCAAAAGGAGAAUUAGAUUAUUAUAGUGGGAAGUGUGAAAAUUCUAAGUAAGUUAUGAAUGGACAAAAAGUAGAAACAAAUAGAAAAGAAUAUCCCUGUAUAUUUUUGUUGUAGUUUGACCUAUGUAUAAUGAUAUGCUACUAUUAAUCAGUUUUCUAGCCUUGUACAAAUUUAUAAGAAAUCAAUAAGCUUGGAGGGAAAUAAGUUCUACAGAGUGUCUUACUAUUAUGGAAGGAACAA